ACACAGCAUACACACACACAUAGCCUACGCACACAUAUCAUACCCACACACAGCAUACACACACACACGUAGUGAGCAGAACGGCAAACAAACUCAUGUGCAGCCACACACAACAACCCUGGUGAAGGAGAACUGUCCUGCUUAUCCCAAGCAGGACAGUUCUCGCCGAGGCCUUUAGAUGCAGCGAGGGGCUCCCCCCGCACCACGAGAAAUCCUCGCAGGAUGGUGCUGUUAACUAAACAAGUUGAUAUCACAGUGCCGUAUGGUUGUUUACACAUCCCAUUAACUUAGUGGCCCUUCUGGGGUUGCAAAUAUAAUGUUCAGCAGCAUUGGUUUAAAACAGGCAAACUCUGGACGGGUUUUAACAUUCAGGGUCUCAUCAGCAGAGCCAGGCUUGCUCCAACCAAUGCUGAUCAAUGUGUGGACGUGUCGAGGCUGUUGGGGGUGGCUUCGUGACUCGACGCACAACGACAGAAGACACAAACACACACAAAGACCACGGUGGGGCAACGGCCGAUUAGGUUUUUUUUUUUUAUAAAACUCGCGUCUUGUAGAGUAUUUGGGCUGCUGCAUGAGAGAAGGCAAACGGGCUCAGACAGUGUCGCUCAGUGGGCCAUGCGUGGUAAAAUAACAACAACUAACCACAACAACAACCACCAUAGUGUUCAAGUCGUUGCAUCAGAAUGUCGCGGCCGUCUUCUCGCAGGGACCGGGAGCGACGCUCGCCCGUUCCCUCCUCACGCCUGCGACCGCUGCGCCGUGGACGAGGCGGACGGCAGCGGCCCCGCCGAGGAGGCCGUGGGGGACUCCCCGUGCAGCUCGCGCUCCAGCCUGGACGCCAGCGUGCUCACGCCCGUGGCGUUCGCCGGCACCGCCACGGCGGGCGCGCGCACCCCGCCCAUGCGCAAGUGGUCGCUCCCGUCCCUGCUCGGGGGAGUGGAGAUGGAGGAUGGAAGAGGCGGCGUGGGGGGUCGCCACACGGCGUGGAGGCGCUCGCUGCAGGUUCACCCUCGCGCGGAUGCCCCGUGGCACGGCGCGCCGCGCUCCUCCUCCUCCGGCGGCGGCCUCCCGCGACCGUCGGGCCGCGCUGCCGCCACCGCCACCCAGGCUCACGCCCGCCCGAGACGGAGGCGCCACGGGGCGGCCGCCGCUCCGGCCUCCUCCGGGGACGCGGAGACGAAGCGGUCGCAAGCGGCCGGACGGCGCGCGCGACGCGGCAAGGACCGCGAGGGCCCGGGGACACCGGCUGCCCCGGCUGCCCCGGCUGCUCCGAUGGAGGGGCCGGCUCGCAAGGGCAGCCUCCGCGAAUCCCUGCGCAGCUUCUUCAGUCGGGGCAGCAGAUUUCCCAACGCCACGACCACGGAGCUCCGCGGGGAGAGGAAGUGACCCAGGCGACACAAGGGGCCUCGGCUUCCUCCCCAGCCACGAAGAGACGACGACGAGGACGACGGGAGGGGCAGGGGCGCGCGCGGUUAAAAUCAAACAAAAGCACUUCGACAGGCACCUCCAGCACACACGCUCCCGUGAGCACGCCGCAGUCGUUCACGAGUCAGAACGUCGGUGCCGUUCUUCUUUCCGCGUGCACGUGACCAUGGGGGUGGUGCAAAUCUCCAUUGGUGGUGAAGAGGACUGCCGCGAGAGGGGUGUGGGGGGGGGGCACGCUCCCCUCCGCCACCUCCACUGCUGGAGACUCAUUCCGUCAGCCACCGUUUGCGACAGGGUGACUCCAAAACCGAGUUUUGCAGCCUUCUAAUUGCGAGUUGCACGGCUGCAUUUACACAGAGGAUUUGUGUGCGAGUUGUUUCUAGGUGGGGCGUGAAAUUCUGGGAAAUAUCAACAUUACAAAAUUGUAACAUUAGAGAGGAGCGUUACUUUUGCUCGAUUUCCACAACCGCGUGUAUUUUGAACACAACACUUUUCUACGGCACUUCUCGUGAGAUUUUGACGAUGUUUUAAAAUAUUUUGUUCAAGUGAAAAUAAAGGCGAGUGCACUC